UAACAUCUUCUCAUUUCCUUCCCAUUCAGUUCCCUUGUCUCUCAAUUUCUCCAAUCUCUCGCCAAAUUCAUUAAUUCAUAAUAAUCUUCCCACCUCUUAUCUUUUUAAUUUUUGGGAAAAAAUAUUUUUAUUUUUAUUUUUUUUCCCUCUGAUUUUUUUUUUUCACCUUUGUACCUUUUCUGGAUUUGUACCUUUUACUGUCCAUCAAUUAUGGGAUAAAAUACAAUUUUGUAUUAAUUGUUUUUUUUAAAAUACUUCCCUAUUAAGAGGGGAUAUUUCUAUUUUAUGGUAUAUUUUGUGCAGUCGUGGCAUGCACCUAUAAAACCGGUAUGAAUACCAAAACUAUGCGUCUCCCUCCUCGGCGCGUUUUGACGCCAACCAAGCGGAAAGAGAGAGAUAACUACAAACUGCCAACUACAAAAUUGCUCAAGCCGACUCCCGCCCAAGCCGAAUCUUUUAAAGCUCCCGAGCCUGAUCCGUCCUCUAAUCAGCUACUAGCCGGGUACUUGGCUUACGAGUACCUUACCAAGGGUACGCUCUUCGGUCAGCCUCUUGAUGCAGCCGGAGUACAAGAGGAUCCGGGUUCGGGUCAAGUAUCAGCCGCGGAGCCAAGGAAGAUUAAACCGGAAAAGAAAGAUGAAGCCGAGCCGCAGAAGGAGGAAUAUUAUAACCGAUACGUGGAAGUAGCAAAUUUGCUAAAGACAGGUGGGGCCCGCAUCCCAGGCGUUGUCAACCCUACGCAGCUAGCGCGCUUCUUACACAUGUGAUGUAUUACGAGCAUUUUCUUCUUUUUUGUUUUUUUAAAGCCUGGAGGACGUGGAGAAAUCUCAUUGGUCAUCGUUUCUCCUCUAAAGUUGUGGACUUUUAUCUGAUUUUCCCGUGCAGAAGAAACGACGACGUUGGAGAGGCUGGUGGCAGUAGUGAAAAUAGGGGGACGGAGGUUAAGGAGAGUUAAUCCAAGAGAUUUGAGUGUUAAUCUUGGAAAGAAGACUCAAUCAUGCAUUCAUUUCAUGAAUCAAUGUUAACAUCUCAAUCAAUAUAUUUUCUUUUUUCUAAUGAA